CAGUCCCCCUGCUCCCCAGUCCCCCUGUCCUUCCUGGCUGCGUGCUGCUCCGGCCUCCGGGAGAGGAGAGGAGAGGAGAGGAGAGGAGGGAGAGGGAGGCCCAGCGGCUGCAGCUGGUGCAGGUUACCUCGGUCGGCUACCUGUAGCCCCCUCUCUCUAGGUCUUGGAGCACUCACUCACUCACUCUGGGCGCGCUCCCCUUGCCGGCCAAAUCGAUCCAUCCAUCCCCAUCAGGCUCCAGAGCUUACUUCAGCUGAACCUUUUUCUCAGAAAUUCCACCGGCAAAUGAGCAGGGACGACGGCAACGGCAACAGGGGAUGAGCGCGGCAUGGAGGAGGUAGCAGUAGCAGCAGGCAUGGAGCGCGCCGCCGGCUGCAAGCGCCCGCGCGGCGCGCUCGACGGCGGCGGGUCGGCGUCGGCGGCCGCGUGGCGGACGUGCCGGGUGGCGCGCGCCGCGGCCGGCGGCAAGGACCGGCACAGCAAGGUGGUGACGGCGCGGGGGCUGCGGGACCGCCGCGUCCGCCUCUCCGUGCCCACGGCCAUCCAGUUCUACGACAUCCAGGACCGCCUCGGCGUCGACCAGCCCAGCAAGGCCAUCGAGUGGCUCAUCCGCGCCGCAGCCGCCGCCAUCGACGGCCUCCCGUCGCUCGACUGCUCCUUCGCACUUCCCACCGCCGCCGGGGCUGCGUCUCCGCCUGGCGCUGCCGACGACGCCGAGGUCAGCACCUCCGACACCAGCAAGAGCUCCGUGCUCUCGCUCGCCAACGCCUCAGCUGACAACGCCGCCGCUCAGCAAGCCAGUCACGCCUACAACGGCAACGCCGCUGGCGGCGGCGGCGCGUUCGCGGAGCUGAUCCUGCACUGCUCCCCCAACGACAGCAAGCCCGUGCAGCAGCAGCCGACGCUCGCCUACUACGCCGCGCAGCCUCCGAGCGCGCACGCCGCGUCGGCCUUGUCGUCGUUCGAGACGAUGCCUCACUUCUCCUUCCUCCAGGAGCAGCCUCACCCCGCAGUCGCCUUCGACCGGGGCACACUUCAGUCCAAUGCCGCCGUUGCUGCGCCGCUGUGGCCGACGUCUCAGCAAGCGUGCUUGCUGCAGAGGUUCGCCGCUUCUCCGGCUGAUGCCACCGGACUGCCGUUCUUUCUUGGAGGCAGUGCUGCUGCUUCUCCGAUGGUGCCAGACAAUUCGGAGCCGAGGCUGCAGCUCUGGGACUUCAAGCAGGAACGGAAGACCUGAAAAGUGGCACCCAGAGCUUGGCAUUUCAGAUGACUAUUUCUUGGAGGGUAGACGACUGCAACUGUGGCUGGAACUGAAGACCUGCAGAAACAAACGCACCUUUCAUUCGUCACCUAACAUUUGUCUGUGACUUCUGUUGUGACGAGAAACCAUUUUGUUUAAUCUAUUCUUCAUGGGUUUUUGUACUCUGGUAAUCUCACUCAGACAAAACCUGAAGGUUGACUUGGUUAGCUGAUUGAUUGAUUGUCA